UAUAGCACCACCUGACUUUUAGAAACAAAAGCAGAUCCUCUACAGGGAAAAGCAUUUUCAAAGUGGAUCCCUAGGAUUCCCAUAGAUCCACAUCAACCACAUAUGAGCUCACAAUCAAAGCUCAUGAAUAACACAAAUAAGCCACCAUCAGCGAUAGCAGAAACAACAAACAACAGAUGCAGACCCCUGAGGAGUUCAGCUAUUGUUAUCAUCAGCUACAGAAUAUAAUAUAACUAUAUGUGAUACAUUUAAAGGAGUAAAGUUAGAAUCACAGAAAUGAGCAGACAACAAAAGAAUACAAAAAUUGACCAGGCAGGUUUGAAAAUGAAUCAUAUAGAACUACCAAAAGAAGCUGCCAAGAGAGAUGGGUUGUUUCAAACAGAGAAAGAUAGACAGCCAAGUUGGGAGGUCCUGUCGCUGAGACUGCCCAUGUAGGCUCCCUCUGUUUUUGCAGGGCAUCCCCAAAUGUUGAAGGGCUGUGCCACCCCGGAGGUCUGCCAUCUGCCAAAGAAUGCCAUCCUGGGCCUGAAGGAGUCUGGAUUUCAACUCACCGCCAGUCCUGAAUGCAUCCAGCUGGCUCUUCCCACACAGCCAGGACCCCAGGUGACUGCAACCCGAGCAGAGGCCAGGCGCACCGUCUGUUUCACCUGCUCGGACCCACACCACUGCAACCCCUUCCCCUGCCUGGCGGAGAGGAGCUACUGUCUUCAGACAUCAGGCGUCCUAGCCUUGGGGAACGGUAGCUCUGUCGUCUGGAGAAAUGGUUCCUGUGUGGCCUCCAAGGACUGCGAGCUCAACACCUCCAUCUCUGCCCUGACCUACAGUGUUGACUUUGGCUUCUGGGUCAACACCUCUUGUUGCCAAGGCAACUGCCAGGAGCCCACUCCUCUGGGUACAACGCCAACAGAGAACAGUCAGAUGGGUGUCCAAGGAGGUGCGCCUCUGCCAGCCUCACAAACUCUGAGCAAUUUCCUGUGUCCUUCGUGUUCUUGGGACCUCCCGGGGCCCUGCAAUGCCUCCUUCUACCAGCAGUGUCCCAGUGGGGAGACCGAGUGUGUCCAGCUGAGCCUGGUACCUGAAGCAGGCGGCCGGAACGUGAGCGUGCGCGGCUGCGGCUCCCGCGCCCUGUGCAGGAGGACCCUGGCGCGGACCGAGGGGCCCCUGGCGCUCCCGGGCCACCGACUCGCCGGCCGCCCCGACUGCAGCUCCGGCCAGCGCGCCGUCAUGGACUCCAAGUGCCAACUGGGCGCGGGACCCCGCCUCGGCGCGGCCCUGCCGGUGCUGGUGGUGGCCCUGGGCACAGCGAUGCUCUCCUGAGGGACCCUAAUCGGCCACCCUUGCAGGGGGAGCUCCUCCUCCUUGUACCUUGUGUUGGCAGAUGGCGUCCUGGCUCCCCUCUCAUGGGGCAUUUCUGGGGCCUGGAAGCUUCUGGUAAAGAAAAUCAGGAACCAGAGCUGAGCCUCUUCCCUCAGAUUAGGAUUUCCCCAAAUCCAGGCCUUCUGUUUGAGAUUAAGAGCUUCCCCAAGGCUGGUCCUAAUUCUUUGCAUCAGAGCUACUUCCGUCUCAGAUUAAGGCCCAUGCCCCACCGAAGUCCAUACCUCCUCCCUCAGACUAGGGCUGUUUUACCCCCUUCAGACUAAAACCACCUGCCCCUGCUGAACUCAGGCCUCUGUUCAACUAGGGCUAAAUCUCCUCCCUCAGAUUAGGGCUCCCCCAAACCAGACUGCCUCCUCCCUCAGACUGGGGCUGAUUUUCUCCUUCCCCAGAUUAGAAAAGCCCCCAUGGCUACACAUUCUCCUUCGGACUAGAGGGCCCCAAAGACUAAACCUCCUUCCUCAAACUAGGGGAUCCCCAAGACCAGGCUACUCCCUCAGAUUGUGUCUCUUCUCAAACACUGGGAAGCAACUCCCCCUUCUUCUGUCUCCUUCUUUAGGGUCUAGCAGUAUCCAGGGGAGCCAAGGUGGGGCAUGGGGACCACCGCCUUCCCAGGCUUUUAGAGUGCUCCAUUCGACUCCCACCAGGGCCAGGGUGGGCAGGGGGCUUGAGUGGGGUGAGAAGUCUGUCUUCUGCCUGGGCCCAAACUCCCAGCUGUAAUCAAAUCUGAAUGAAUUACAUCCCACAAUGCCGAGUGGUUUGGAUUUCCUUUUUUGAAGUU